AUGUCGAAGUUCAUGCAAUUUUUCGCUAUUCUAACGUUUUGUGUUCAUACAUUUGUGAAUGCUAGACAUAUAAAAAAUGAGUUUACUACUGUAAUUGAUAUACUAUCAGACAACGUGGAGUUUUCUACGUUCUUAAGAGUGGUACAGAGGAAGGGAUAUGUUUCGUACCUGAACGAUCUAGAUGAUUUUACGCUUAUUGUUCCUUUCAAUUCAGCAUUUAUUGAUAAUUUCGAUAUGUCCAAGUUUGAUAUCGAGAACUAUAUCGUUUACAACCGGACUCUGUAUACGAAGGAUUUUGAUAAACAGACGCUAGUGAUUUCUGAAAGUGUCAAGUAUCCUUUGGUAUUCAGUGGUGGUGAUGGUGAUGGAUCAUUUGAGGUCAAUACGAUCCCCAUAAUUGAAAGUGAUUUGGUACCCAAUUUUCAAAAUGCAGUCAUACAGGGUAUACCUGAUCUCAUAUUCAAUCCACCCAGUAUAUAUGAUCUGUUAACCGUGAUGGGAAGUAAAUCAGAAACCUGUGACCAUUUGGAACGCUUGUUAGGUCAGGUCAAACAGCUUGAUUCUAUGAUUCAGAACGCAACGAUAUUGGUUCCUUCUGACAAAAAUUUUGAAAACCAAUUUAAUGCAGUCGAGCUCGACUAUUUACUCAAUGCAUUUCAGAGUUUUGAUCAAGUGAAUGAAGUAAUUCAAGAAAGAUGGAAAGACGAUAUAAUAACACUUCUCAAGAAUCUUGUUGUCGGUUCCAUUAUUGGUGGUACCGUUGAUAUUGGAGUGAAAAACUUAAAUAAUGAGGUUUUACUCAUGGAAAGUAAUGAAUUGGGUUCAAAGCUUACAGUCAAUUCUACGUCUUUAUCCACAGACCCUAACAGAAUUUAUGAUACUGGUAUUGCUCAUCUCUUCCGGGAUCUUGAUGUUUUGAACCAUGGCCUAUCAUUUGAUGCUGAGAAAUAUCUUCUUGGAUUAAAUUCGUCAGUAUUCGUUGAUGAAAUCUAUAUUAGAAAGCUGGAAAACUUGAUUCAAGAUAACAGGCAAAAUUUAACUAUUUUCGUAUCAAAAUCUUCACAAAGUGAUUCUAACGGGUUUGCAAGAUCAACUUUACUUUACCAUUUUGUAGAAGAGCAAAUAUGGUUGGAAUCUGAGUUUCCAGGUGUCUAUGACGAGCAUAGCUCUACCAAACUAUUCUCUUCAGCAUUUUGUUCUUCCAAUAAAAGGUUAGGUGGGAACUGUCAAAGGUUAAAAAUAACCAAAUCUAAAAAUGGCUACGAAAUUAAUGGAGGACAGAAAAUUCUUCAUUCAACACCUUACCAGGUGGGUAAUACACUAAUUUAUGUGAUAAAUGAGGCACUGACUCUACCAGGCGAAUUACUACAAUCAAUCCCUAGAUUUGACUCAUGUUCCCAGUCUAUUUUCUUUUUGAGGCAGUCAAGAUUGCUAGAUCUGGAAAGUAAUCAUAAGGGCUACACUGUCUUUUUACCUUGUUUCGAUUCCUGGAACAAAUUAGGUCUCAAUCUCGAAUAUAUUAGGGGUAAUUCUAGUGCUGUAGAAUUGAUCAUGAAAAAUUAUAUUGUUGACGGCCUUAUCUACACAAACGGUGGUAACGUCACCGUCGAUACAAGAAAUCUUUUGGGCGAAUCAUCAAGAGUCAUAAUGACUGAAAAUAGAGAAGAAAUGUCUUCCAACAUCAGUUCAUUAAAGAGUUCAAUUCAAUUGAAAAAGAAUUAUGACGUUAUGUUCAAUCAAGGUGUCAUUCAUCCUAUAGAUACAGUGCCCGUACCAAAAGAAUUAGAUAUUAGUCUAAAAGACCUCAUUAAUACCACAGGUACAUAUCCAUUAAUUGAUCUUAUCGAAUCUUUCCCUAACUUAUCAGGAAUCCUGUCCAGAAACAAUAGUACUGACUUUUCUAUUUUGGUUCCAACCAUGUCUUCUUUGGAUGUAGAAGGCAUCAAUGCUGAUUAUAAAAAUCUAGCGAAGUUCCUUAAGUUACAUAUAAUAAUGGGUAAUACCACGAAGCACUUAUUAAGUUGCAAUGAAGAGGAUGAAAUUCUUACAAUUCUAGGCCAAAAGCUGAAGUGCAAAAAUUUACAAAGUAGUGGACAGUUCUUACAGUUUGAGAAUAAUGAGGAAAAUCAAGUUAGGAUUUUAAAUAAGGGUUGUUCUACUGAAAAGGAAAAUUCAUGCAUUUUUUUAAUUGAUAGACCACUCUCAGUUGACUGGCUAGAAAAGGAGCAUUAUCACUUUACUUUGCCCAUUGUUGCUAUUGGGCUUGGUAUAGUACUCGGUGUCAUGUUUAUAGUAUCCUUACUUGGCUGUCUUCUUGUAGUGAGAGUCGGAAAAGAAGAUAGGCCUAGUGAUGAUGAAAGUUUCAGUAAUGAUGAAGCUGGAAAUGUCACUCAACCUCUAUUGCCGCCACAGAGGGUGGAGGCAGCCCCAUCAGAAGAAAAUACGCCUAUUGACCAGGGUUACUCUUCGAAUUCGGUCUCGAAGCCAAUAAAUGUCUCGAGGAGACCGUGA